AGUCUCGCCGCAACACAGCUAAUUGUGAAGUUGGAUACAAACAGUAUCAGCGAUGUGAGCCAGUUCACUGGUUGUUUUGAUUCUCACAUGUGCGGUUGGCGGCAUGAAGAGUACGUAUUAUCUGGGACUAUUUGACGGUGACCAGAAAAUGGACUUUGAGCCGAAAUGGUCGCCGCGUCAGUAUUAACGAUCUGAACUGAGCCGUAAACUGCUGCAGCUCCACCUACGGCAACACGACAUAAACAUUCACAAGGCAGUACGACAUGGCCAACACUGGUGUUGUUGUCGCCCUCGUCCUCGCGGCGGCGGCGUUCGGGGGGAACUGGCUGUGGUCAAGACAGACCAGGAAGGAGCAGAUUGAGAGACUGGUCAGCGGUGCCCGCGCUCCGGAUCUCCUGAAGGAACACUCGAACGUCUUCAACAAGAAAGAGAUCGUGCAGGUAACACCCAACGUAUACUCUGCCAUCGGCUUUGCCAUCGCCAACUCUAUCAUGAUCGUCGGCGACGACGGCAUUAUUAUUGUUGAUGUCACGGAGAGCGUGGCUGCAGGUAGAGAGAUUCUCGCCGCCUUCAGGAACAUCACCAGCAAGCCUGUCAAAGCCAUCAUCUACACCCACAACCACGCUGACCACACGUACGGAGCUCGGGGGUUUAUCGAGAAGGACCAACCGACACCAGAGAUCUGGGCACAUCGUAGCAUCUUGUCGGAGCUCCAAACCUUCUUCUACUCCUCCCCGAUAGGAUAUCAGCGAGCCAUGAGGCAGUUUGGGGUGCUCAUCCCGAACCACAUCAAUGCCGGUAUAGGAAUGAAGCUGAGAUGGACAGAGGAAGGACAACAACCUGGUCUCAUCUUCCCCACCAAGAUGUUUGUAGGGAUAGAGAGAGAUAUCAUCGUUGCAGGCGUUAAGAUGAAGCUAGUCCAUAUCCCCGGAGAGACUCCGGACCAGAUCGGAGUAUGGCUGCCAGACGAGAAGGUGUUCCUGUGCGCCGACGACGUCUACCGUGCCUUCCCCAACCUCUACGCUAUCAGGGGAACGACGUCACGCAGUCUACUAGACUGGUCAUCCUCACUGGACAAGAUUAUUGACCUUGAACCACAUUACCUCGUCCCGAGUCACACACGGCCACUGGAGGGCGCUGAUGCCAUCACGUCACUGCUGACCAGUUACCGAGACGCCAUCCAGUUUGUUCAUGAUCAGACUGUCAGGUUUAUGAACAAAGGUUUACUGCCAGACGAGAUUGCUGCCAAGGUCCGUCUUCCAGAACAUCUAGCUACACAUCCUUAUCUAAUAGAACUGUACGGCACCGUGGAGUGGUCCGUUAAAGGCGUAUUUAAUACAUACAUGGGUUGGUUUAGCGGUGACCCGGUUAACCUUUCACCUUUGACCCCAGACGAAUUAGCCAAUAGGUAUGUAGAACUGGGUGGCGGUGUUGAUAGAUGUGUGACCGCAGCACAGGAAGCACUUGACAAAGGAGAUCACAGAUGGGCCUUGACCUUGGCCUCCCACGUCAUUAGAGUAGACGAACAGAACACAGAUGCGCGCCGAAUUGCCUCGAUUUGUAUGAUGGCUCUUGGCAGUCAGCAAGUCAGUGCGAAUGGCCGGAACUAUUUCUUCACGUCAGCAUUGGAAGUUCUUGGAGAACUAAAUACAAAGAUAAACGGCGACCGUAGACACGGCUUCAUCAGAAUCGCUCCCAUGGCAACGCUGUUCAGUCUGUUGCGGGUUCGGUUUAUGCCAGAAACAUGCCCAAAUACGAACACAACUGUUUUGUUUGAAUUUACUGACUCUAAUACGUUUAUUUCCUUAACUGUGCGAAAUUCGAUCGUUCUUAUCGGUGACAGACCUUUAACGUCAUACCAAAUCAAGGUCAAGACGACUGAGACAGUGUGGCGUGAAAUAACCAUCAGCAAGAUGGCCGCCUUGACGUCAUACGUCACUGGGGAGGUUGAGGUCGUAGGUGGACUCGUCAACUUCCGGAAUGUCAUGUCCUGCUUCGAAAAGGAUUAGGAUAAACAUCAUUGGACGAAGUCUUUCCUCGACACCUGGUGUUCAGCACCUGUUCCACGGUGUCAUUGCUUCAACAGCGUAAAUUGUGCAACAUGUUCCAAAGAAAGCAAUAUAUAUGUGUGUGUCUGUUUUAUGUGUGUAUUCAGAACUAAAUGUACAUGGAAAUAGUUAUAUAUCCAGAUAAUUGAAAUGUAAAAUAUUAUGUGUUAAAAUACGUAAGUCAAGGAAUUAAACUUAAUUCUAUCAUAAAAUUUCACUUAAACAUAAAAGAACAUUGUUCCAUGUAAUUUUGGCUAAACAGAACAAUCCAAUCUACCCAAUCGUCGAUUUCCAUAAAAUUCGUCUUUUCCCGGAUUUUCACGAAGGUUAAUUAACGUCAAAAUUCUUCUCGACUCCCGCUUUCCGCAACAGGACUGUCCCCAAGCGAAAGGCAACAGAUGUGUAUACCCAUACAAAGCACUGCUUUCAGUGAUUGUGCAACAAGGUCAGGCGUGUAACAAGGGACGAGGUAAUGUCGCUUUAACUAUCAUCUAUCUUCGGAAUUAAAGAGAUUAUCACCAA